GAUGUAGAGAGAAUGCCAAUCAGGAGCUCCUGCUGAGCGGAGAAACCCGACGGCUGUGCCACUGCGCGCUUCAAAUCUCUGCCACGGUUCACACGAAACACAGCGAAAUAUCUUUUGGCGCUCCAUGUUUGCAGUUUAAAAACUAAAACAGCACAAACACGUGAGCUGUCAAGAAGAUGGAGCGCGCUGGGAGUCUCCAACCACUCUAAACCGCCAGACAACAACAAAACAAAUCCUUCCUUAUCCGAAGGCAGAGCCAUGCUUCCUCAGGAUGUCGGGAAACAGAAGCCACGCCGUGUGUCAGAGCCGGUGUGCGGGGUAGACAGUCCCCCGGCCCCAAUUCGGCGAUUGAAGAACCGGGAUUUCCCCCUGAGCGUGAAGCGCCGUCGGUCCGGCUCCGCACCUGAGCGCAAGGUAAACUGCGUCCUGGUUGGAGACGGAGCGGUGGGCAAGACCAGCCUCAUCGUCAGCUACACCACCAACGGAUACCCGACAGAAUAUGUUCCAACAGCGUUUGACAACUUUACCGUGAUGGUUGUGGUUGACGGGAAACCAGUGAGACUGCAGCUUUGUGACAUGGCUGGACAGAAAUGGGGGCUGGUUGACGGAUCAAUCAAUGACGAGCUGGAGUGCCUCCGCCCUCUGUGCUACAAGAACGCCGAUGUCUUCCUCCUCUGCUACAGCAUUGUGCGUCCCUGCUCUUUCCGCAACCUGAUCGACAAGUGGGUUCCGGAGAUCCGUCAGCACUGUCCCGGCACACCCCUUGUUCUUGUUGGCACCCAGCUGGACCUGAGGGAGGACGUCCAGGUGCUGAUUCACCUGGCACAGAACCACGAGCAGCCGGUGUGCACCGAGGAGGGCCAGCAGCUCGCUCAGGAGCUCGGGGUGGUGAGCUUUGCCGAGUGCUCGGCACUGACCCAGAAGAACCUGAAGGAUGCUUUUGAUUCAGCUAUCUUGGCCAGCAUCCAGCAGACAGACAGUUGUAGCGUCCAGCAGCAGAGGCUGACUCUGAGGAGGAAGACCCCUGAUAAGAUCAAGAGCCUCUCGGAGACCUGGUGGAGGAAGAUCAACUGUCUGAUGGGAGAGCAGAGCUGUGACUUCAAGUGAACAGCUGCAUAGUUACAAACCUGGGUCAGAUCACGUUUGCAGAUACUUGUUAGAUCUAGUUUGUUUCAGCCUGCUGGCAGAAGGUGCCAGAUGGGUGGGGAUUAUCACCACUAGGUGACUCACAAGGUGCCAGUUCAAAUCCUCACGCUGGCAGGGAAAGGACUGAUGGAGGAGAACUACAGAGCCUGUGCAAACAGCUGUAAAAUGUCUUCUGAGGCUUCACAGAAGCUUUUGAAAGACUAACAGCUGCUCACUUCUGCAAGACUUUAAAUGCACAGCAGAAAGUCUUGGUUACAAACUAGGAGUAUAGAGCAGGGAGGCAGGGAGGGUCUGAGGAGAGAUACUACUGGCUACUAUUUUAGGUGUAGCAUCCAGAGAUUUUUUAGCCUAACUGAUGAGAAAAAAAGUCAGGAUGUCUCACCCUCUAUGGCUUUGAUAUUUAGUAUGCUCUUUUUCUAUAACAAGUCCUUGAACUUUAAAGCCCAGUGUAGGAUUUAGGGGGAUAUAUUGGCAGUAAUAGAAUUUAAUAUAACAAGUAUGUUUUCUUUAGUGUUUAAUCACCUGAAAAUAAGAAUUGUUGUGUUUUCAUCAUUAGAAUGAGCUGUAGCCUCAUCUACAUUGCAAUGUUGCAUCACAAUGUUUCUACAGUAGCCCAGCAUGGACAAACCAAACACUGGCUCCAAAUAGGGCCAUUCACGUUUUAGCAUCUAUGACUAGAGUGUCGGGAAACAACAGUUCUUUUAAAUGUAAAACUGGUGGUGGUGCAGUGGUUAGCAUUGUCGCCUCACAGCAAGAGGGUCCCUGGUUCAAACCUGGGGCAGGGGAGGCCUUCUAUGCAGAGACUCCAUGUUCUCCCUGUGUCAGCGUGGGUUUCCUCUAGGUGCUCCAGCUUCCUCCCACAGUCCAAAGACAUGCAGGUUAAUUGGUGACUCUAAAUUGUCCGUAGGUGUGAAUGUGAGUGUGAAUGGUUGUCUGUCUCUCUGUGUCAGCCCUGUGGUAGUCUGGCGACCUGUCCAGGGUGAACCCUGCCUCUCGCCCAGUGUCAGCUGGGAUAGGCUCCAGCCUUUUUACUGGUCACCUGGUCCGUUUGUGGAGAGGAGGAGACCUUGGUGGAUAAUUUGGCUCCUCCUGAAUGUCUGGAAGUUAUCAGAGAAAAAAUGUGAGCAGGUGCUAGGCUAUCGACCCGGCCCAAACAGUGUCAGAUAAACACUGACUUGUAACAUGAAACUGCUUUAUUCAGUGUUUUUACUGAUGUAAAUCACCUGGUCCAUUUGUUUUGGAGAGAAAGAAACCUCUGUGGAAAAUUUGGCUCCUGGUAAAAACCUCCUGAACAAUGAACACUGAAGAAAACCGAACCGAGAGAAGUUUGAGCUAGUUGCAAUCUGCUCUGACUAGUACAAGUACAUCAGUGCAGUACUCUAAACCAUCAACUGCACUGUUUGAUACUGUGGCUGUUCUGGUCUGCAGGUUCAGAUGAGUCCAGUACAAAGAAAAGUUUGAGUAUAAAAAGCUUCUGAGAUGAAACCAGAGUGGGACAAGGAUUUAGGCCGAAAACAGGGUUUACUGUGUUUGCUAUCUGACCUGAUUCUUUCCAAAUUUGUGCCGAUGUGCAUAACCCCACCCGUCUGAGGCUCACAGGAGGUUAAAACAAACCCCACAAAUGUUAUCAGACCCAGGUUUGGUUUGAAGCAAUGAGUCUGAUUGUCCAACAUGCUGAUGGAGAUCUCAACUUUUGUUCUGUUUCUCUUUUUGUGACUCAUUGUGUUGUCAUGUUACACCGCAACAUUACUCGUUCUUUGUUUUUACUGUUAGUUUGUAGCUAAUUUAUUAUUUCUAUAUUUAUUUGUGGUUAUUUUUAUUGCCAUUACUGAUCAUGGAAUAUGCUCAGAAGCCUUGAUUAAAGUGUAU